AGAUUGUCUUCUAGUAUGCCGACAACGAUUACGAAAUACAGUCGCGUCUAUACACUGCUGAUGAAACGAUAAGAAAAAUUUUUCGAAAUGAACUAUUAACGAUUAAUGUGUGAUAUUUUAUAGAAAAUCAAUAAAGUUUCUAAACGGCUGGCGGCAAUUGAAAGGAAACAAAAUUAAAAAGAACAUGAAAUUAAAUUUCAAACAAAAUUUUUUCAUGAAAAUUUUUGGCAUACAAGUGUUUCAACCGAACAGAAGAAUUUUGUAACGAUUUCAUAAUACAACGACAAAUAUCCUCCUGUGUGCAUAGUUUUUUCUACCAAGCUAAAAAUAAGAUAAAUACCUUACAAGAAACAUUUAUUUUUAUAUUACGAUUGCUUGGAUAGAAAAAAUCACAGAUCUCCCCCUCGACCCUCAUUAAAUUGUUGGAUCCCCAUAAGAAAAACAUAAGCUGUUGAUAAGCAAACAAGCCAUUCUUCAAGAUUCAUCGAAAAUGGUAUCUGGUCGCCCACUUUUAUACCUGUCACUGCCUGGUGUAGCAUUUAUUCUUGGUGUGUUUUGGUUUCGGCGUCGAAAUAAAACUCGUUUAGACAAUGAUAAAAAACCAGGCACAGUCAGCAAGAAAGUUAUGCAAGAGGAUGUAGGAGCCCAUGAAGAUCUACUCACAAAAUCAACAUCAAAUAGUAAUAAUAAGGCAAAACCAACUUCUUCCCCAACAAAGUCGAUGAACAUAAAUGGAACUGUACCAAUUGAUGAUGACAAUCCAGCAAAUCGACUAUUCGGCAAAUCAGCACCCAUAAAGAUUGUACAAAAUGGUCGUGGCCCAUCUCCGGUAAAACAGACGCAGCAACAGAUUGACUCUGAAGUAUUAAAGACGAAAAUACAAGAUGCAGAACAUAAACUUUUGCGAUCCAUUGAAGAAGAUUUUGAAAAUCUCUCCUCUCCGGUCGAUCUUCCAGAUUCCAUAAAUAACCGCAUGUCAUUUUACUCCCGUAACGUUGAUAUUAAAAAAGACAAACCAGUAGUUAUAAUGGCCACGACCACACCCAAAAUAUCACCGGAAAAUUCCUUUUUAGAAAGUAAAUAUACCAAAGAUUGUGAAGAGAAUAAUAACGUUGAGGAAAACUCUAGUAGAAAAAAUGCAGCAACGGCCAAUGACUUGAACUCGGAGAAUGUUUCAAAAACAAAUGUAGAAAUGAAAAAAUGCCCGGCCGAAAAUGAAAUAGCACAGACAGAAGAUGUUAACGACAAACGUAAUGUGGAAGCCGCCAGUCCUUCUUUAAGUUUAUGUAGUGUACAAUCAGGAGAUUCUGGAAAAGGAUCCAGCUUACCUAGAUCUGAAGCUACACGUGCAAAGACGACAUAUGAAUUCUUUUUGCCUAACAGUCUUGUGUGUCACCUUUACGGACGUAAGCGUUCAUACAUCAAUCAAAUCAAGUCAAAAACAAAUGCCGCAGUUGCUUUACGUAAAAAAGUGUAUCCUGGCAAAUUGCGCGUUUGCGCCAUUGAUGGCACCGAAAGUGAAAUACAGGCUGCACUGGCCAUGAUACGUCAACGUUUGCCGGCCAAGCGUUAUCCUAAUUUGACAAUGCAAAGAAUUCACUUUGCACUUCCGCAAUCUGUAGUUCCUCUAUCAACUGAAAGUAUGCUUAAUCUUCAGCUAAAUUUAAUUGAAGGUAUUAAUAAUGAUGUUGUUGUAAGUGCUGUUAUAUCGGGUGCUCACAUAUUUGUACAACAGCCCUUACAUCCCACACAUCCUUCAUUGGCUGUUUUACAAAAAUGCCUAUUUGAGAGUUAUUCAACAGCAGAUACUCCUCUAUUGCCCGGCGUUGAGCUAAACGCUGUGUGUGUUAUGCCUGUAAACGGCAUCUGGUACCGUGUACAAAUUGUCAAUGGAGACAUUGAAGAUGCAGAACGCUGCAUUGUUAAAUUCUUAGAUUUUGGAGGUUAUAUGAAUGUACAUUUUAAUGAAUUAAGACAAAUACGGUCUGACUUCAUGACAGUACCAUUCCAAGCCACAGAAUGUAUACUUUCAAAUGUAGAGCCAAUAGACACCUGUUGGUCUCCAGAAUCUGCUGAUAUUUUAUGUAGAUUAACCAAAGGCAUUGUUCUGCAAGCGCAAAUCGCUGGUUACAAUUCACAUAAUAUACCAGAGAUAUUUUUGUUCGCUUGCUUAGGCCCCAAUAAUGUUAUCUUCAUUAACAAGGAGCUUGUUGCCAGGAACCUUGCAAAGUGGGUGGACAUUAGAGACUGAUUAUUUCCAAUAAUGGAAAAACACACUGAAACAGAGGCUGCCGAUAGCAACAAUAAUAACAUUGAAGUGGCCGUUAUUAACAAGGAACAACAAAAUUAAAUAAGUUCUCAAACUAACCAUUUUAACAAAAUGAAAUCAUAAUUUUAACACACACACAUACACACACAAGCGUACGUACACAAACUGGUAAUUAUUUUAGCAACUCACAACAAUGCACUAAAAAUUGUGAAAGCCAUAGAUAUCUAAGUAAUGGUCCUCUCUCUAUAAGUAGCGCCAUUGAUUGUGAAAGGUGGCAAAGAAAGGCACUUUGCUUAACAGAAUGAAAAAGUCCAGUAAGAGUUCAAUACGAAAAGUGUGUGAGAACUGCAGUCAGUCAGCGCUCUAGAAAACUUAAAAACAACAAAAAGAAAAAGCUUUUAUGUAGGCAUCUUUUGUAAAUAUAUAUUAUAGGUUCUAGCAAUUAGUUCAUACCACAUGCAUACAUUAUUAAAAAGGAGAGAAGCAGCAGAAAGUAAAAAAACGCAAAAAUUAUACACCACAAAUCAUAUAUAAUAUACUUACCUCCAUCCUUCUCCUCAUUUACUCCUGCCUAUUUAUUAUAUAUUUUCGUUUUUUUUUUAAGUUUUAAGUGACAAGAAAAAACAGUCAGUCAUUGAUAUUUUAUUACUAACAAACAACAAACAAUCUCCCAUAAAUGUUUCCCUUCCUCUCGGCAAUAGUCAAUAAAUGGCACACAAAACAAAAAUCACAAACUCAUGGACACCACAAAUUUUUGUUGUGGUUUGUUGAAAUUCUCUUUAGGAAAAACUGAAAAACAUUUAUGCUUACUACUUAUGUAUAUAACAUUUAUAUUUUUCUUCUUUUUUUAAAUAGAAAAUAUUGUAAUUUCAAAUGUAAAAAAAAUGUUUGGCAUGUUAAGCUCGCUAAUCAUUGACAAAGCAAAGAACACGUUAAAAGGCAUUUUGAAUUGUUGCAAGAUAGAGGCACAUUUCAAAGAACAGAACAGUGGGAGUCAACACCAUAAAACUUUGUUUUUAACGAUUAACAGCAAAUAAACAGGGAAACUUUGUUUGUUUUUUAUAUUCUCACUGUUUUAUAUUUAAAGGGUAAAGGUAUAUAAUUUAAAAAGGUUAAAGCUUUUUACGGUGAGAUGGUUGUGUCAGAGAUUUGUUUUUUUUUUUUUGAAAAGAUUUGAUAGUUUCCUCUUUUUCUAUUCUUCUAUGACAUAGAUCUCUUUGAAUCGUUUACACCAUCUAUGUAUAAGUACAGAAAUUGGAAAUUGACAAAAAAAAUCGCAAGUUUGGUCAUAGCAUUCAAAGUUACAUUUUCAUUUUGAUUUUAGCGUAGAUUUUUGUAUCUAAUUUUUAACAUAUUUUUUUUUGUUUAUUUUUGGUUUGUUUAUAUUUACUAUAAACUAAACAUUUUAAUGGGAAAACGAAAUACUGCAAUGUAGAAUUUGUUGUGAAACCAUUUUUGUUCUUAAUAUUGGGUUAUGUUCAUAUUCAUAUUAUUUCGUAUCCUUUGUCAGCCGAGUUGAUAGCGUGCUUGGAUUACCAGUGCAGGGGUUGUGGGUUCGAUUCCCGGCAGAAGCCUUGGUCUGUCGCUACUGUGGUAUCACAAUAGACUUAAAAUUUUCUAUGUGAGUCUGUAAAGGACUGUCACUCUUACCUAACCUAACCUUGUCAUAUUUUUGAAUUUCAUAUAUAUACUUUGAAGUUUAUAGAUUUAUAAUAUACCUUGAAGAUUAUAGAUUUAUUAUAAAGAAAUAAUUGCAUUGUUCACACUACCUUCCAAUAACGUCUUAAUACUGCUGAGUGAUUGCUAAAAAAGGUCCAUACUUAUGUUAAAAAAAAAAUGCUGAUUCGACUUUUGUUAAACAGGUUCCCAUUAUUGUGCUUACAAUCACUGAAACUUUACUGAAUUUCAAACUCCCUUUACAUACAUUAGUUUUGAAAUCUCUGACGUUGGUUUAGUUAAGUUUUCGAAAAUGAAUGGAAGUACUAGUUUGUACACUUGAUGUAUACCAUUCGAAAAUGAGAAAUUUUCAAGCUGUGGCUGCUUGAACGAUAUAAUAAAACAAAAUGCCUUUGA